GAGUUGGAUAGCACAAUUCACAGGCGGUAUUGAACGACUAAACAUGGCAUUCCGUGUUGCAUUAGUAGUUACCCUCUGGGUGGCUGCCUUCAUUGGCGCACGUAAGUAAUUUAAAGUUUUUACUAUCAUAUAAUGUAUCAAAUUAUGGAGCAAUUAAACUAGAGUGUUACAUUUUAUGGUUUCUACAUUGCCCGAGAUAAUCCAAAGUUUUGAAAGAGAUUUGAGAUAGUUUCGCCCGCUAUCUUCAAAGUAACGUAAAGUUUUGAGCAAUUACUACCUAAUGUAGGCUUAUAAAAUCUUCAAAUACAAUUAAGGUGUUUGAGUGAGUGAGGUAGAUUCCUACAUACACUCAAGUAUAGAGAUCAGACGAUGAGAUCAAAUGCUUUUAGUAAUGCUAAUGUUUCAUUGCUUUAUUGGCAUGGCGAGAAUCUACCACAAUAAGCUCAUAUAUAUAUAUAGGAGUUAUUACUGUCGCUAAGCUAAAAUAUACGAGUAAGACGUUUUAAGCAAAACAGUACAAUUUUCAUAAUUAUCUUUAAUAUUACUGUAUAAUUAUGAAAACGUUGGUUGAAAUGUGUAUAUUGUCGAAUAAAGUUGUAUUAUUUUGACGUUUUAUUUGCCAUGGGGCAUAAUAUUAGUGUUUCCUUCGAACGAAUAUUGAUUGACUAUAUACACGAUUUAACUUACACAAUUUAAAACAUAAACAGAAUAGAACCAGUUAAUAAAGUUUAAUGAUUAAAUGAAGUUUAAUGUCCGGUGACACAUAUUUCCAAUUCAAUUUAAUUAUUUCAAACCUAACUUUGGUAACAGAAUCACGGCAAGUGUAUUGGAAGUUUAUGUGCUCACGCAUAACACUAAUAUGGUAUAUAUGUUGUAUUUUAGAUGCCAUCUCGCAUGACAUGAAGCAGGAAUUAGACCGUGUUUCACAAGAUGUCACUACGUAUCCAUAUCAUAUAGGUAUGUGAUUGUGUCUUGAUAAUAUAGUCAGGGCAUUUUUAACAAAUUACAAUUACUGGGCAAAGCCUUAACAAGGGCCUUUCCCAAUGCUGUUAAGCGUACAACGAGACUGUCAUACGUCACACUCGGAAGCUACCGAUGACCUCCUGAGGGAUGGGGGUUUGUGUAUAUAGUUUAGUUUAUGUUCAUUGAUGAUUAAAGUACAUUACUCUCAUGUCUCUAUGCUUAUUUAUCCGCAUGACAAGACCAUUCUGCAUGUGCUGACGAAAUGUGGAGAUUGUAUAAGUGAAUAUGAGCAAGCAGAUCAGCGCAGUUUUCUCAGGGAAGUUGAGCAUUUUUAUCAAUGAUUGAAAGAGCUUUGUUUCGCCCACCGAUAUGCACAAAAAUAAAAUUGUCCCAAGGAUUUACAAAACAACGAUUUCUGGAUCACGCGCGCGACACAUUUAAAACCCCACGCGUUUUUAUCAAGAAUAAAAUAUUGAUUGAUCGGUUUUGAUUCGUACUUCGCUUAGCUACCAAAUAAACAUUUGGCAAUGCAAAAACACCGCAAAAUAACACUGUACAGCAUUCCCACAGUGGGUGUCUCAAACGUCGUUUAUAAAAUCAUGAUGCAUGUUUCGUAGAAUCAGAGAUUGCUUUCCUGGAAAGUUGAAAACGUCGCCAUAUUUUCAUUUUUUGUUUUGAGCAGUUUCCAAAAUUUUUGUGCUUCAGUAGUUGAUCAAUACUCAUUUAAUAUGUGUCAAAAUAUUAUCCAUAUAAAGAGCUUUUAACUAAGAAUCGAGGUUCUGAAAUUGUUAAAACCGAUUAACUAUUCGAACCGAAGGAAUUGUUUAAUUAAAGUGAGGAAGGCAAAAGGGAAUUACCGAGUCCGAGUGAUUUUCAAACAGCUCUUAAAGUGCACAUGACACGAUACUUUCUUCCCAAAUUUUAUGCAUCGCCAUUAAUGUGGUCGUCAUAGUAACACGCUAGUUACCAGGUCUCUCUCUCUUGUGCAAUUUUCAGUCAUUUUGUAUUACAAACGGGAAAUUGAUGCCCCAACACCCGAUUGGGCUGUCAAUUUCCUGUGCGUAAUACAAAAUGACUGAAAAACGGCAAACUUCGCAAGGCUAUAUUAUCCGCAUUUUACAACAUUUCGCAACGAAACUUUGGAAUAUUACUAAUUUUGUGAUGCUCUUUCAAGCUGUGAUGAAAUAAUUGUCUAGAUCAAAAUUUAGUCUAUAAUGCAAAUGAGAACAUUUCGUGUCAUCUGCAAAUUAAAGUGUAGAAUAUUCCAGUCAGACAAACCUUCCAAGUAUGAGCAGCAGCGAGCGUGUAGAAUCUUGAACAACUGCAACAAAAAAGAAACAUUUCAUCAUAAGACGAGAUAAAACGACAUAAAACAACGACAAAUAGGUACGCAUUGCGUACAUGUGGCUAUAGUGGCAAGAGAUAAUAACACGCUAAUCAACAGUAACUGGAAAAAAAACACCUCCUGAUUUGUUUAAGGGUUUUUGUACAUGGAAAUUUUGAAAACUAUAGCUAUAUUUUACAGCUAAUAAUAUACAUGGAAAAAUUUCUCAAUUCUGAUUGGCUUAGACCACUGCAAUUUUUUCGAAAUACAGUUCCAAAAAAUGAAACACGGUGCAAAUUUCAUUGACAAUAUUAAAGAUACAGCCAUUUCUAGCAGAAAAUAAUACAAAAAAAGUCAAACAUUUACAAGUGACAAAAAUAGCUGGCGUUUCUAGUAGAUUUUCUGUUAACUGAUUAUUUAUAUUAAAAUUAACUUUUUCGCAUGUGGAAAAACCGAUUGAUCGUCUUUGAAAAACUGACUCGUGCACGUUUUCCCCAAAUUGCACUCGAAGCCAUACUAUUACCUAUACUAAUAAUAAAUGUAUAAAAAAAUGCACUCGCAAAUCCCUUCAUAUUUUAAAGCUGAUGACAAACGGUUAAUAACCCGAGCUUUCUUGUGCUAUAGUCCCUAAUAUUCAUCGUUAUCCCUGAGAAUCCUCUAAACUAUCCUUCCAGAGAAAAAAAAACAUGGACUGUAUGAGAGCUUGUGUGCGAAAGUUUCUUCAUUUUCAGCCUUCAAAAACAACACGAGAAAAAUAAUACUUUCUUAAAACUACCAAAAUAACCCUGUAUAUCAAACUCCGAAAUAACCUUAUAUAUUAAAUUUUAGAUUUCAAGACAUGCCCGACCUCUAUCGACAUUGCAUACUUAGUUGAUGGGUCAGAUAGUAUUUCUGAUGGAGACUACGAAUUAGAAAAAACUGUGGUCAAAGUGAUGGCGUACUUCUUUGGAGUUAUGAAGUUAGGAACACAUGCUGGUGUGGUAAAUUAUGGCCAAACUGCAACCACUGCGAUCAGAUUCCUCGACUUCGACAAUUUCAAUGCGUUCAGAAAUGCUGUCAAGAGUUUGGUGAAGAUAGGCGGUGGAACGCGCAUUGACAGGGCCUUGGAAGAAGCACAUGAUAAUCUCUUCAUGGGAGGGGGCGGAGCCCGUGCCGCGAGAAAGAUCCCAAAAGUUGCUGUAAGUAUUUGUUCAUAAGAGGAAGAUAUAGAUUUACCACACCACCCCCCUCCCCAUCACCACCACCCCCUCUCCAUUACCACCACCCCCUCUCCAUCACCCCCUGAAACUCAGCCAAAAAAUUUCAAAGCUCCGUAACUGGAGGAAAAAUACGUGAAUCGACUCAAACGUUUUUGUGAACACUGGCAGUAACGAUAUACCAAAAAUAUUCAAGGGUGGGUUGACUACAAAAUUUUUGUAGUUCGCUACUACUACAGCUACUUCAAAAAUAUGUAGUCAGCUACAACUACUGCUACUUUUGAACAAAGGUAGUUCGCUACUGACUACAACAACUGCUUAAAAAAUGUAGCGAACUAUUUCGCUAUUUCGCUACGCUAUAUUUUUUAGUUUUACUGUAUUUGGAGCAUCUACUAACUCAGGCUGAAAUGUAACCUAUAACAAAUCGACUUACGAGUGGCAACAGUAAACACAAAGCAACAUUUUUAUAAGCACUACAGUGUUCAAGAGUGCAAAUUGACUAUCGAGUAUUGAUUUUAAGCAGACUAUGUCUCAAUAUCAUGCUAUUCUAUCAAGUUGCAAACAAUUUUAAAAAGUAGCGAAUAGCGAUUCGCUGUUUGAAAAGUAGUCAACUACUUGGCUACUUUUAGGCAAAAUGUAGUUCGCUAUAACUACAGCUACUGUUUUAAUAAAGUAGUCAAAAACUACUGACCACUUGAAAAUUGUAGUAGCGAACUACAACUACUUCGCUACUACCCACCCUUGAAAAUAUUAAACAUCCUGCAUUGUACAUUUAAUUUUAAAAUGUUGUGCCGCCAAGUGAACCCACCAGUACACUCACUGGCAGUGUUCAGCAAAGUACUCAAAAUACUUACUUAAGUAAAAGUGAAAAGUAACACCUCAAUUUUUACUUAAGUAGAAGUAAAAGUACUGCUUGAAAAUUUUACUUAAGUAAAAGUAAAAAUAUUGCCUGAAAAUUUUACUUAAGUAAAAGUAAAAGUAAAAGUACUGCCUGAAAAUUUUACUUAAGUAAAAGAAAAGUAUUGGGAAAAUAUACUUAAGUAAAAGUACUACUGAAAUAGAAUAUAAAUUCGCAAAGGUUUAAGCAGGAAUAGAACACUCAGACGUGUAAGUAACGUGGUAAAACAACUUUAUUCUUUAAAUACCUUCAUAUAUAUAUAUUCCAGUCCACUCACCGCUUUGAGAAAUACUUUUUUACUUCGCCAAAAUAUAACAAAAGUAACGAAGUAAAAAAGUAAAUAUUUACCAAAAAUCGUACUUCGUUACAAGUAAAAAGUACUUCAUUAAAAAAAUACUUCGUUACAAGUAAAUACUGAUUUUUUUUACUUAAGUAAAGUAGGAAGUAAAUUUACUUCGUUACUGGCUAACACUGCAGUCACUGGCAACUACUUAUAGACAUUUCUGAGAGUGAAUACGACAUUCCCUCCGUUGUCUAGGUUGUUUUCACAGAUGGUGUUAGUGGCGGUCAAUCGUUAGCAAAUGCAGUUCAACAGCUGGUGGCCAAAGGUGUUAUAGUGAUCGUUAUUGGCGUUGGUAAAGAUAUUGAUAUCAACGCAUUGAGACAACUUACACCUCGUCCCGACCUCGUGUACACUGCUACAGAUUUCUUGGAUCUCUAUAUUAAAGCUGGAUUCUUUGCCAGACAGAUCUGUCAACAUGCAAGUAAGUAUGGUUUUUGAAUGAAUAAUCAUCAUAAAUUGGUAGUGAUGGUCACACCAUCAACACCAUCACCACCAACUUCAUGUCUGAAACAUUUCUGCAUCUUCCUUCCAACAGAGAACCGUGGAAACAUCGGUCCUGACGGCCCACAAGGUCCAGACGGUGCUGGCGGUCCACAGGGUCCAGUUGGUGAAGCUGGUCGACCAGGUAACCGAGGAACCAGAGGCGGUUUCGGGCCAAAGGGAUUCAAGGGAGCUCAAGGCCUAACUGGAGAAAGUGGAGCACCAGGUGUUUCAGGAGCCGAUGGUAAUCCAGGACCCCAGGGAAACAAGGGACCUAAAGGACAACAGGGAGGACCAGGUACGCAAUUCCAAGAAGAGGAUAUUUUCUAUCAGUUGUAA